GUGUGUGUAUGUGUGCGUGUGCGUGCGCGCGUGAGGAGGAAACGUGAACGGACGUGAACGGAAGGCAUUUGUGUGGUGUCGUGUCGUGCACGCGGGUUUGUUGGAGCUCCGCGCCCGGUGUCUGUUUGUUUAAUCUCGUACCGGAUUCACACGCGCUCGGUGGAGGAACGGAAUACACCGCCGGUGCGCGUGCACGCUUUAUCAUCCCUGUGACCGAGCAAAAGGACACGAGACGAACCGACGACCGGAGCGGAGGAAUAAUGGAGAACAGCGGCACGAGCCGAACACAGAUGGAGGGGGGUUUGGGUGGAAGCAGCACAGGGAUGAAGUUGGAUGUUAUGAUGGAGCAGUUACAGAGGCAACAGCAGGUGCGUCUGGAGAUGCAGCACAGGGAACGAUUGUUACGUGAGGCUCACAUCAUGUACGCUCAGCAGUUCGCCGCGCAGCAGGCUAUACUAGCAGCCGCCCGGGCCAACGGUGGCGCCUUCAUGGGUACGGGAACGGCAGAACCCCUGGGAUCCGGCCAGCCGCCUCGGGUCUCUAAUCAGAGCAGCGUGGACUCAGAACGGGAGGAUGAGGAGGAACGUGGUCGAGACUCGGGUGAGGAUGAAGAUGAUGAGAUGAUGGAGGGAGAUGAGGGCAGUGAUGAAGACAAGCAGCCGGACAGCAGUCUGGAGUUUCUCAGGAAUCAGAGUUUAGCGCUGCGGCAUGGAGGUGACCAGAGAUCCCCGUCGCCCCCUGUCAGGGUGAAACAAGAGCCCGAGGACGAGCUCUCACCCGCGGGACGGCCGUCCACGUCCUCUCCAAACGGCCAGUUGGACUGGAGCUCCAGUCAUCAUUUUAAAAUGAAUGGAGAUGUAUCCUGGUCAGAUGAUGUUGAGAACGCUCGUGGAAGAGGUGAAGCCUCCAGAGAUUUUGCAAGGUUAUAUGAGAUUGACGGUGAUCCGAAAAGAAAGGAUUUUCUUGAUGAUCUGUUCACUUUCAUGCAGAAGAGAGGGACUCCGGUGAACCGAAUUCCCAUCAUGGCAAAGCAGGUUUUGGAUCUGUAUAUGCUGUAUAAACUGGUGACCGAGAAGGGAGGACUGGUGGACGUUAUUAACAAGAAGAUGUGGAGAGAAAUUACAAAGGGUCUCAAUCUGCCCACCUCCAUCACCAGUGCUGCAUUCACACUCCGGACACAGUACAUGAAGUAUCUUUAUCCAUACGAGUGCGAGCGGAAAGCUUUAAGUUCCCCCUCGGAGCUUCAGACAGCCAUUGACAGUAAUCGUCGUGAAGGGCGUCGACCCACCUACAGUAACAGUCUGUUCCGCUUUAGCUCCUCCCCGAGCUCCGCCCCUCACAUCCUCAACCCAUCCAAACUACAUCUGUCGGCUCUGGGGGUCGGGGCCGCGGGGGCCCUGAACGGCUUUCAGGCUUCUCCAGGGCCGUCUUUGAAGAAAGGAUUCGAGGACGCUGUUCCUUCUCUGUUGGCCGGAUGUUCACCGUCCAUACCCCUGACGGUCAGACAGCAGCAGACGGGUCUGGCGCGGGCCGCCACGCUCGAGCAACUGCGAGAGAAACUGGAGACUGAAGUUCCUGAGAGAAAGAUGUUUCGACUGGCCGAAGAACAGCAGAGACGCAUGCAGCAGGUCUUUCAACACAAUCUACUCACCAUGACCUCUCAAAUCCCCAUGAACCUGCGACUGGGAGCUCCGCCCACAGUGGAUGAGAAGCGUGAUCUGUCCGUCAACAUUUCCUCCACUGGAGCUGCUGGGAUCACGGUGUCUGUGGACGUCAAUGGCAUCACAUACUCGGGAACUUUGUUCGCCCAGAAGUCAGCCGCUGCCGGUGCAAAUGUGUCCGUCGGGUCUACCGGACCUUCAUCUGGACCCACUGGGGUGUUUACCUUUCCUAGCUCCGCCCCCAGCCCAAGCCCCACCUCCUCUUACUCCUCCAAGGGUCCGGGAUCAGCAGAAGCGUCCACCAGCGGCUCACCGUAACCCAGUUGCACGGCUCUGUGAUGUCAUCGAUCAAACCGCACAACGAGUACCUCAGUUUCCUUGUCAGCUUUUGGCUGUCCACAUGUUUCAUAUUUGCAAUUUUUGGAAAGUUUCUCAACACACAAGCACACGCAAUAAUGUUUCACAACUCACAUUAACCUUAACAUAAGAAAGAGUUCACACAUCUUAGUGUGUUUAAUGCUAAAUACAAUCAUAACAAACAGCCAAAUGCUGACUGGUUUUACAGAACUUGAAGAUUUUUAUUUAGACUAAUUGUUUGUUUUAUUCAUUUUAUUUUAAUAUUUUAAUUCUGUUUGCAUACCUCAAACUCUCAGCAGUGGAGGAUUUUUAUUACCUCAAAAGACGGUUAAUACUUUAUCUGAAUGAAUUUAUUAUUUUUUAGAUUCUACUUGAAUUUUUCUGAAACCGAUUGACGCAGUUACUUGUGAUUUUUUGUAUGUGAACGAAUCUAGAUUCAUCACGCGAACGCUCCCGCAGGUUCUCUGUGCAUGUGAUGGUUAGAGAAGAGGAAAGGGAGUUUGCGUAACAGACUUCUGUAUUCAGGAAAACGGGUCACAAUACUUCCAGUUCAAGUCUUUUUAAUGUUUUACUGGAGAUGCAUUCAAAGAAGCUACCAAAGAUCAGCACAAUCAAUGUCCAACGCAUAUACAGAUUGAUAUUUUGAAAUGUAGUUAUUUUUUAAAGUUCACAUUUGGAUUCUAAAACAGAAUAAAUGCAACAUUUUAAAACAUCUAGCUUAGUUAGCUGAUAGUUGGUAAUAGUUCACCCAAAAAUUUAAAUCCUAUCUCUCAUGUUGUUAUAAACCUGUAUACAUUUUUUUUGUUCUGAUAAACACGCAGGAAGAUUAUAUUUGGAGAAUAUUUGUAACCAAACCAACUAUAAGUCUUAUUCAUUCCCAUAGUAAGAUAAAGGAAACUAUGGAAGUGAAUGUGGCUCAUGAUUGGUUACAAAUAUUCCUCAAAAUAUUUUCCUUCGUGUUCAUGAGAACAAAAACAAUUAUACAGGUUUGUGACAGAAUUUUUCAUUUUGGAUAAACUAUUCCUUUAAAUGUUUAGAAAUAUUGGCAUCAUUUAAUGCUGCUGUUAACACUCUCUCGACAAGCAGAAGUGAUGUGACAUUUGGCAAAAAGCUUAUUUGAGGAUUCCUUGAAUAAUAUUUGAAUAAAACAUCAAAGAGAUCUGUCUUACCCAACACAUUCUCACGAAUGUGUAUGCAGUUGAAAAGUCGUGCAAUACAUACAUUAAAUUCCAAUUUUGCGUGCAUAUGAUACACCAGUUUUUCCCGUUCACAUAUUUUUUCAUGUCAUUUUCUCUUUUAGUUUCUGUUUUUCAAUCCAUUGUUGCUUGGGUUUGGGGUUAGAUUUGGGAUUUGCUUUAGGAUGUCAUUUAAUAUAAAGGUUUCAUGCUUUGUCUAUUUUUAAAUCAUGGUCGUUUGGGUUAGCAUGUAAUUUUAUGUAAUAAGAAGUUGCUCUAAUCUCAAACCCAAGCAACAAUGGUAAAAAAAAACAUUAUAUAAAAUAACAUGAAAAGAUGUAUUUAGUGAAUGGGGAAAGAACUGGUGUAUCAUAUGCACCCAAAAUUGGAUUUUUGGCAUAUUUAUUGCACAAUUUUUAAGCCUGCGUGCUAUUUAUACACAAAUCAUGAGAAUGAGCUCGUCCUUCCAUCUGCACUGAACCUCAGCAGGUUUUGGAUGUGAGUGAAUCACAAACCAAAAGUUUUAUUUCAUUUUUUUUUUAAAUACCAUUCAUUCAUCAUAAAAUCUGUGCAAUUAAAGCUCAGAAAUAUAAGGCUACUAACCAACAGCACUACAUUGUAUAACAUAACAUGUUUUAUUUAAAUCAAAUUUUAAGUUUGAGAUUGUUUUAUGUCAUUAAUUUUCUUUGGGGGGGGGGGUGCAAAGGGAUGCACCGUACACCAGGGGAGGUGCAUGCCGAUCAUUUUGAGAACCACUGCUGUAAUGUGUCUGGACAACUUUUUGUUUUUUGUGGGGAUUUUGUUUUUAUUUAAAUGGCCAUUUUAAGAUUAUAAAACAUACUCUACAAUAUUAAUGAUAUAUUUAAGUUUUUUCCUCUGUAAGGAGAAUGUUAUCAUUUACGAGGAAUAUUUUAACUGUAUGAGGAAUGUAAGAUGAAAAUGCCACAAAAAAUAUCUGAAUAGUUGUUAUUGUUUUGUUUAAAAAAAUAAUUUUUAAUCAAUUUUGAUUUGGCAGUGAAUUGUGCUCAUACUUGUGAAGAUUCACCCAUGAAUGAUCUGAAGUUCUCAGCCAAAACAAACGUCAUAAAACACAAACCUCAGUUAACAACAUUCAGUGAUGUGUUUGGGAAUCUUUAGGUUCAUACAAUACAUCGUGUAUGUGGUGUAAACCCAGCAGUCACAUCAUAUAAACUCAAUCGAUCAGGGACUCUUAACGUUUUUUCAUCUUGUUUGUUUUAUACAUAUUGAUGGUUUAGUCAGAGACUUAGUUUUGCUUUUCUUAUGGAAAGGCAUCUCUCUCAGGAACAACUCUGAUGUUAUUUGUAAGAUAUGCAUGAAUUUGAUGUUUACCUCAGACUCACCAUGUACCUCAUAUGCUGCCGUUCCGGUGAACUCCUCAGGAAUACUCAAACUUCCCUUUGUGGGAUUGGGAAUCCUGGAUUUGAACUAAACUGCUUCAUGAAUCUUUCAUUUCUUCACUUUAUUCAUAAGAGGAGUCAAUCAGCUGUGUAGCGAUUUGUACAAUCAGAUGUUCAAAGUUUAAACCUGGUUAACCAAACCAACUAAACCUCCAGAUAGCACAGAUGAUCAGGUGAAAGCCUGCGCUGCAUUACAUCUGUUUACUGAUGCUGGUUUUCAAACAUUUGUAUUGUAGUGAAGUAAAGCUUUGAAGGUUUGGGGCACUCGGGUGCUCCUUGAUAGGAAAUAUUUUAUCCUGACGUGCUGGAUUUAAGGCCUUGUGUGAUGCUUAUGUACUUUUAUAUUUAAUGAUAUAUAUACUAAAUAUAUGACUUGGGCAUCUUAACCAUUGACAGGCACGCUGCCUCUCUGUGUGUGUGUGAAUCUUGAAAAACUGUCAAGAAAUGACAGAAAGUGCUUCACACAUCACAGUCAUAGUGCUGAAGUUCAUUUAGGAUUGCAUUUCAGUGUAUAUGCCGGAUUAAUCAUCAUGAAAGCGUGCGUGCGUGUGUGUAAGAGAAAGAGGACAUAAUUUACAUGUGGUUAAACACUUGGGGGUGGUUUCCCGGACAGGGUUUAGAUUAAUCCAGGACUAAGUUAUUUUAGGACAGUUAAGAAGUUUUUACAAACAAACUUUACAAAAAACUAUACUGGUGUGCAUCUUGAGACAAAAAAAUGACACUGAUAUAUGUAAAGAUGUGUCGUGUCAUUACAAGGUGUUUCGAAAUUAAACUAGUCUGGGACUAGGAUAAGCCCUAUCCGGGAAAUCGCCCCUAUGUGUCGCUCUGACACGUUUUGUUUUUUUUUAUCAUUCAGGAAGUCUCAGUUUCAACUUGUAAAUGUGUCAGUCAGUGGUUAUUAAAUACUUCACUUUAUUUUCUUGUUCUCUGUUUUUGUGAUCUUGGUUUAAAGUUGUCCACAUCUUCACUGAAUUUAUGUGCGGUGGGGCUAUCUGUGCAUAUUUUUGUACUGUUAUAAUGUUAUGAGGAUGACUAUAAGAAAACAAUCAUUAAAAUGUAGUUAAAAAUUCA